AUGGAUGAAAUCAUGCCUUAUCUCUCAACAACAAUUCCUACUGCUGUAGCAAAUGCUAUUGUGACAAUUCAAUGCGUCGAAUCAGCUAGACAAGCUGGAGAUUUUUAUCCAACUCAAGAAGCUAUGUUUGCCGAUGGAAUAGGCACUCUUAUAUCUAGUUUCUGUGGUUCAAUUCUUAGCAUGACGACUUACAUUGGUCAUCCUGCAAUGAAAAAGAUGGGCGCCAAACAAGGUUACUCAUUAGUGAAUGGCGUUGUUUUUUUGCCUCUGUGUUUUUUCGGCAUCAAUGCAUUGAUUAUGUCUCUUGUUGCUAUUGUAGCAAUUAAUCCAAUCAUUGUAAGUUUUAAAAAAAUUAUAAUAGCAUGUUCACUCGAGCGUUUUUAG